UGAAUGGCAACCAACGUUGAGUCAUGUUGAGUACGAGCAGACAAGUGCGUGUUCGAGUGGGGUGAGCAAGCGCUUGUUUUUCAGUGUCGACAAAUCGUAAAACAGCUUCAAAGCUCAACUACGUUAGCCUGGACAUGGCAGCAGAGCCGACCAAGGUGCUGCCCCCUGGCUAUGCUGAGCCACCGCCAACCUACCAGGCCUCCAUGCAGGGCUUCCAACCCAGUACGCAGCCCCCGCCACCAGGAUUUGCAGCGUCGGCUCCCCCUGGCGGUCCUCCUGGCGGCCCCGCGCCCUAUGCAGCAUGGCUGCCGCAGGGCACGGCCGUGCCCACCGUGGUGGUCAAUGUGGCUGAAUGGGGGCCCUACCCCGUGCAGCUGACGUGUCCCAACUGCGGGGCACACGUGCUGACGGCCACUACAACACGUCCAGGCCUGCUCACCUGGCUGCUGUCGGGCGCCUGUGUCCUCUUUGGCUGCUGGUUGGGGUGCUGCCUGAUCCCUUGCUGCAUCCCCGAGUGUCAGGACGUGGACCACCACUGCCCAAGUUGCAAGCGGCACCUGUGCACCUACCGCAAACUCUGAGGCAUGUCCGUCCAGCUAGGACACUUGACCGCAGUCUGGCAACCACGGGGACCAUCAACAGCCACCCAGCAGCUUCCUUCCAGCAUUUUUGCGCACCUCAGUCGUGCUGUUGCUGCUGGGAGCCUUCCGCGUGAACCCAUGCUCACCCCUCUCCCCCAACAGCACCAAACGGUAGCCACUAGAAAUUUGCACCUGAACGACAGUGGUUGCUGAACAUAAGCGUUUUUUUUUUUUUUUUCGCUUGCCGUUUCGUAAAACUCCCCAGCCCACCGGUGCAUGUGGCAAUAUCCCUUCCUUUCAGCAGUCUUCGCGGCUAUGUGCACCCUUAUUUUUCUCACGAAACAGACAGGUGGAAAAAUAAGAAACUGAAGUCUGUUUUUCAAAAGAUGUGUAAAGACUCCAAGGUGCAUAAAAUGAUGUUCUUACCAACUCCUCACACAGCACAUCAUAAGUAGGUGUCAUCCAAAAGGCUGAAGAGCUGCAGAGGGUUUUUGAAAGGCAUUUAUUUUUACCCCGAACGAAGUGUGGAGCCGCUGUCUCGUAGCCUGCAAGUUUGUGCACCUAGGGAGACUGGCACCUUCAUAUGCAGAAAAUCGGCUUGAAGGAAUCGUCAAAGACUUGGAACCGUGCCUGUGCUUGUUUGUUUGUAAAGCUUUUUUAUUUCUUUAUAUGACUUCAUGUGCUUGUCACUGAAAUGACCAAGCUGUUUCAUUGUGAUGCAAAAUGAGCAUGAUACAGUUCCAGCAGAACAUUUAUGCUCUUUCCAACAUAUCCAGGACCUAGUUACUCAGUGCAACUAGCAUCAACUGGUAGCAACAAAAUUUGUUUUCCUUGCAUGAUGAAGAGUGCCUCAGCAUUUGCAACAAAUGAUGGAAACAAGAAAAGUUGAGAGAGCAAACAUAGAGAGAACUGAGGCAUUAUUUUUCUUCUUUUUCAGUGCAGAAGUAGGGAUCCUCAUGUUGUGACUGCAAGAAUCGGUGUCUACAAACAACAAAGGGUUAUAUUGCCAGGCUAGCAGUUGGAAUAUGUGGGCAAAUGGAAUGGUGCACAUCAUGAAGUUCACCGGUGAAGAACCUUGUUCCACAGUGCAAGUGCUUUUGUGGCACUUGGAAGUGAUUAAUGGGACCUUGCAGAAUUUAGUUGAUUGGCGACAUGCUCACACAUAUGAAAUGAUGUUAUGGCUAUGCCUUAAUCUGUUGAAAAAGACCAUUCUGUUUAACCUUAUUUUUUCUUUUUUUAGUUUUGUGUACCCACGAUCACACAUCCCAACUUUCUUGAAUUGCUAUUGCAUUUGUAUGUUGUAGACAGAGACGUUAAUUUCUGUACUGUGUGGUUUAAUAAAGCAAAAGUAUUUUUGAUUUGCA